AUGUCUGCCUCACCACCACAACCGACUCAAUCGGCCAAGCGCCCCCUCGAAGAGGCUUCCUCGCCCUCCCGAGCCACCGACCAGCCUGAGGCCAAGCGACCUGCCUUGGACAAGGUGUCCAAGAAUGACGAAGAGACGGAAAAGCUCGAUCUUGCACCUGAACCACCCGUCGAGACUGCGGAGCAGAACGGCGAAGAGAGUGCCAACGGCGUCGCCGCAACUGAGGAAUCGACCACCGCAACCGAUGCUGGCACCGAUACCAAGGCGACUCCAACUGUAGCGAUAUCAACUGCGGCCUCGUCUGCUGUGGCGGCCUCGGCUGCCGCUCAUGACGAGAGCUCAUGGAUCCAUAUUCGAGCAGUCAUCUCUAGUCCGGAGGCUGCUACCAUCAUCGGCAAGGGCGGUGAGAACGUAUCUAACAUUCGAAAAAUGUCCAAUGCCAAGUGCACUGUCAGCGACUAUCAAAAGGGAGCUGUUGAGCGCAUCUUGACCGUUAGUGGCAUCGUUGAUGCAGUUGCCAAGGCUUUUGGUUUGAUUAUACGAACAUUGAACAAUGAGCCGCUCAACGAGGCAUCCACUGCCUCCUCCAAGACCUACCCCCUCCGCCUUCUGAUUCCCCAUAUCCUGAUCGGUUCUAUUAUUGGCAAAGGCGGUUCUCGUAUCCGGGAGAUCCAGGAAGCGUCCGGCGCCCGGCUGAAUGCCUCAGACUCAUGCCUCCCCAUGUCGAGCGAGCGUUCCCUCGUUGUGAUGGGCGUUGCUGACGCAGUACACAUUGCCACUUAUUAUGUCGGCAGCACUCUACUUGAGCAGCUCAAUGAGCGAUUCGGCGGGCCAGCCGCGUCUGCAUAUGCGACCAGAAGCGGCGCUCCCGUGGGAUCUAUCCCUGGCGGUAUGCAAGUGGUCCCUUACAGCCCCCAGCCAGCAUCGGGACACUACGGGCGAGCAGAGAACUACGGCCGGCAUCAGGAGCGCCGACCUCAUCACAUGCCACCUGCGCCGUAUCCCCAGCCAUACCCUCAUGGUGCUCCUCACGGUGCUCCGGCGAUUCCCAUGCAAUACGGCGCAGGUCAGCCUGCCGCCGCCUAUGGAGCGGCCGCACCUCACGUACAGCCACACAUGGCACCCCAUACCGGCCCUCAGCCGCAUGGUGCCCCCCAGGGCCAGCCCAUGCACGCCGGCAUGCCAGGAACAGGACCAAUCACCCAGCAAAUCUACAUUCCCAACGACAUGGUUGGUGCCAUCAUUGGCAAGGGAGGGCAGAAGAUCAAUGAGAUACGACAGAUGAGCGGCAGCGUGAUUAAGAUUAACGAGCCCCAGGACAACAGCAACGAGCGGCUAGUAACAAUUACGGGAACGGAAGAGUGCAACCGCAUGGCCCUCUACAUGCUGUACUCUCGACUUGGUGAGACGCAAAACCGAUCCACGGGAGCCUAAGCUUCUAACCAGUAGCGAGCGACAGAAUCGGAAAAGCACCGUAUUUAACCACUUGCAGCGGCGACGAGAACGACAAGGUUGCUGCGCCUUGGAAUAUAGGCGAGAACUAGGAGGCCAAAGUAGUGAUGAAGCUGACGAACGAUGAGGCAAGGGAUCUGGGUCGGACUGGGUGCACUGUAUUAAGGUGUUGAUAAGGGAUCAAUGAGAUGCUAUAUGAUGAUGGCAGCUACAGAUACUCGGUUUAUUUUUUAUUUUACUUUUUCUUGAUAUUCUAGUUUUCAACCAUUUCUUUGGCAGUCUAGAAUCGGAAUCUCUACUGUGACUGGGGGUGAUCUAGGGGUGGAAGGAGGCGAGGCAAAGACUGAUGAAGACUAGAACGGAGCUCAAUGGGAUAGUUGACGGUUUGAGGGCAGGUUUAAUGUUAUUGAUUUAUCAGAAAUGGGAGUCUACGAAACUGGCUUUUUAUAUGGAGAUGGGUCAUCGUUUGACAUGAUGCCACGGGACUGCAAAAAAAGUACAGAU